GUCUUCUCUCAACUCUCACGACUUUGGACUGACGACGAAAUGUUGUCGAGGGUAAAACUAAGUAAAAAUGUACCAAAAGUAACAGUAAGAGGUGUAUCUACAUCACAUUUCAAACCUGCACCACCGGUACAACCUGGAAAACCAUCGAGGAAGACAUCACCUUUGGUUAGAAUAGACGGUCAAUUUAAAACGUUUAAACCUAUCACACCUAGUAUUAGACACGUCAGAUUCCCAUUAACAGAGGGUAUAUCCAACAAUGGACCGUUUAAACCUUUAACCUUGACCAAAAGAAAGAAAGGUGGACGUAACAGCACAGGUAGAGUCGUAUCCCGUCACAUUGGUGGUGGUCAUAAGCGUAGAAUUAGAACUUUAGAUUUUAUGAGAGAUCAAGGUGGAUUAUACAAAGUUGUACGUUUGGAAUAUGAUCCUAACAGAUCUGCACACAUCGCUCUCCUUCGUUCUGUUCAAGAGAGCAACCAAAGUUGGAGUUAUAUUGUCGCACCUAAGGGACUUAAAGAGGGUGAUACCGUACAAUCAUUUAGGAACCUCUCAGAUAAGGGUAUUUCUCAACUCACUGCUGCUGCAUCCCUCGGUGAUUUCUCAGGUGAUGCUUUAACACACUCAGAAGGUCAAGAGAAUGAUUCAAAUGUACAAAAACCACGUCAAGUUUCAAGUUUAGACCUUGGUUUACUCAGAAUGAUCACUGUACGACCAGGCAAUGUUCUACCAUUACGUUUGAUACCAGUUGGUACACUCAUUCAUGCUAUCAGUCUUAAACCACGUGGAAGAGGUCUUCUCUGUAGAUCAGCAGGUAGUUACGGUCAAGUUAUAGCACUCAACUCUGGUCCUGGUGAACGUUACGCUCAAAUUAGAUUACAAUCAGGUGAAGUUAGAUUAAUUUUACUUGAUUGUUGCGCAACAAUUGGUGUCGUUAGCAACGAAUCUCAUCAUCUUCGUAUGCUUGGUAAAGCAGGUAGAUCUAGAUGGUUAGGUAGAAGACCAUCAGUUAGAGGUGUUGCAAUGAACACUGUUGAUCACCCAAUGGGUGGUGGUAGAGGUAAAUCCAAAGGUGACAAAGAUCCACGUUCACCAUGGGGUCUACUCUCUAAAGGUAAAAGAACGAGAAGACCAAAAGAUAAGCAUGGUAACAAGUUUGUUAUCAGACAACGCGUUAGAGUUAGAGGAAGAAAGUAGACUGUUUUUCUAGUUUUACAUUAAAAAUUUCUUAUGCAUUCUUUUAAAC